GGCGGCUGGGUGUGACCCCCACUCGGACGGGACGCCAUGGCGGUGCUGCAGGCUGGGGCUCGGCUCUUCUGCUGGGACACGCUGACGGCCGCGCUGCUGGCCCUCGCGCUCUUCCUGCUGCUGCUCGACUUGUCCGGGCGCUGGCGGCGGCCCCGCCGCUACCCGCCCGGCCCCGCCGCGCUGCCGCUGCUGGGAAACGCGCUGCAGGUGGACUUCCAAAACCUCCCGGAGUCCUUCGGGCAGCUCCAGAAGAAGUUCGGGAAGGUGUUCAGCGUGCAGCUCCUGUGGAAGCCCGCCGUGGUGCUGAGCGGGCCCGACGCCGUCCGCGAGGCCCUGGUGCACAGGUCCGAGGACACGGCCGGCCGGCCCCCCAGCCUCGUCUACAGCCACUUGGGCUUCGGGCCCAAUGCCCAAGGCGUCGUGCUGGCCCAGUACGGGGAGGCCUGGAAGGAGCAGAGGAGGUUCUCCCUGACCACCCUGAGGAACUUGGGCCUGGGGAAGCAGUCGCUGGAGCGCUGGGUGACGGCCGAGGCCGACUUCCUGUGCUCGGCCUUCGCGGCCCGGGAAGGACGGGCCUUUGACCCCAGCCACCUCCUGACCUGCUCCGUCACCAACGUGAUCUCGUCGCUGACCUACGCCAACCGCUUCGACUACGAGGACCGCAAGCUGCAGAGGCUCCUGGAGCUCCUGGAGCGCAGCCUGAAGGAGGACGUGGGGCUGCUGCGGGAGGUGGUCGACAGCUUCCCGGCGCUCCUGCACAUCCCCGGCCUGGCCCGUUGGUUCUUCGGAGCCCUCAAGGCGCUGCUGGGCAUCCUGGACGAGUUCUUGGAGGAGCACAAGCAGACGUUGGACCCCGCCGAGCCCCGGGACCUGACGGACGCCUUCCUGCUGGAGAUGGAGAAGGCCAAGGGGACCCCAGGGAGCAGCUUCACCCCCGCCAACCUCCGCAUGGUCGUGGCGGACCUGUUCACGGCCGGCAUGGUGACCACUGCGACCACCCUGCGGUGGGCCCUGCUGCUGCUGCUCCUGCAUCCCGACGUCCAGCGCAAGGUCCAGGAGGAGGUAGAUGUGGUCAUCGGCCGGAGCCGGAGGCCCACCAUGAAGGACCAGGCCCACAUGCCCUUCACCAAUGCCGUGAUCCAUGAAGUUCAGCGUUUCGGAGACAUCGUUCCACUUGGCAUCCCCCACAUGACAACUCGGGACACAGAGAUCCAAGGCUUCUUCAUCCCUAAGGGGACCGUGCUCAUCACCAACCUGUCCUCGGUGCUCAAAGACGAAGCUACCUGGGAGCAGCCUUACCGAUUCUACCCCGAGCACUUUCUGGAUGCUGAGGGCCGCUUUGUGAAGCCAGAAGCCUUCAUGCCUUUCUCUGCAGGCCGCCGGGUAUGCCUAGGGGAGCCACUGGCCAAGAUGGAGCUGUUCCUGUUUUUCACUUGCCUGCUGCAGGAUUUCUCUUUUGUCCUGCCUCCGGGGCACUCCAAGCCCAGUGACAAGGCAGAGGUCUCAUUUCUUUCAGCCCCACAGCCCUUCCAACUCUGCGCAGUGCCCAGAUAGGAGAGCUGCCUGCCCAGGAUCUCGACAACCCUGCCCCACCCAUACCCUCCGCCAUCACCUUUCACUAACCUGACUCCCCUCCCUUCUUUACCUGCAUGACCCCCUCCCUCCUCCCCUCGGGCUAAGGGAACAUGUCACUGACAUCCCAGGGAAUAAACAAUCUACCUUCUCA